AGGAAAGGAAUCGGUGAAUCUUCAAACCGUCACGUCUGAAUAGGAUCAAGAUUUUGCUCUCUUACCUUCCCUUUCCGCUUCCUCCUCAAUUAUUCUUUUCUUUUGACUCCUUCACUCCUUUCCCUCUUCCCGCUCUCUAGAACCCCCUUCCCUUCUUCAUAGGGUUCUUCUCUGCUCUUCAACUCCUCAUUUUCUCUCUCCUCUUUCUCUACCUGAAGCUGAAGUUGGUGCAUCAAUGGCGGAAUUUACAAAGGCCAAAGAAUCACUCAUUUUGUCUAUGUCAAUGGCGACUUCAUCCUCAUCAUCUGGAUCAUCGUCUUCUGCACCUGCCAUAGACGACGAUUUCGAGGAUGCUUGUAGUAUUUGUCUUGAACCGUUCUCGCUUCACGAUCCUGCCUCUGUGACGACUUGCAAACAUGAGUAUCACCUGCAUUGCAUACUUGAAUGGUCACAGCGAAGUAAAGAAUGUCCAAUUUGUUGGCAGUCUGUGUCAUUGGAGGACUCUGCUAGCCAAGAGCUUUUAGCUGCUUCUGCGAUUGAAAGGAAUUCUAGGACAAGGCGUCUUUCGGCUAAUAGAACCACUUAUUCUCAUCCGUAUCAAGAGUCUGAUUCUCAAUAUGGAUCUCAUUGGACCGAUGACUCUGAUUUCAAUGAGCGUAUAAUGCAGCAUUUGGCUGUUAUGAUGAGCCGAGCUCGACAAGCUCACAGAAAUGGGAGACAGAGAUCUUCUGAACGGAGUCCUUCUCCAGAGUUUAUGUUUCCGACUCGUCUAAGUGAAUCAACUUUGCAUCCAAACAGUCCAGAAGAGUGUAGUUCUGCUUAUGGUUCACCUGGAGGAAGCUCCCCCAUUGCCCGUGGCUCCCAUUCCCCUAUAUCAGCAAGUCCACCAGUCGUCAAUUUGAAUUCAGGCUCUGCUUCAAGGAGAGUUAUUCAUCAGCCUUCUAGACCCUUUCAAACCCAAUCACCCGACUGUACUCAGAGACCAAAUUCAUCAGAGCUGCUUGCCUUUUCAGAGUCAAUUAAAUCCAAAUUUUCAGCAGCCUCAGCCAGAUACAAGGAUUCAAUUUCAAAAGGUACCCAAGGUUUUAGGGAAAAGCUUCUUGCGCGCAAUAGCUCUGUUAAGGAGCUGAGUAAAGGAGUUCAGCGAGAGAUGACCUCUAGCAUAGCUGGUGUUGCACGAAUGAUUGAGCGGCUAGACCUCAAAUCCAAGCGGAACAUGCAGUCUGGUGAAGUUUGUCAUGAUGGGGAGACCUCAAACUUCUUUUCAAAGGGAAAAGGGGUUUUGGAUAAUAUUAUUGCAAGCUCUCGGGAGAAUCGCGUGGUUACAGAUGGAGAUUUGAAUUUGCACAAAAAAUCCCAGGCCACCUGUUCCAUCACAAGCCAUAAAGAUGUUUCCUGUGCAGAGAGAGGUAAUUGAUGCUGUUUGGCUCAUGGUUCUACUGAAUGCAGUAAGGUGUAGUUAUCAAAUUCGGCUUCUAUAGAAGUAUACACCGUUGCAAGAGACGUCUAUCAAGGAGGCCAAUCUGCCCUUGUUGGUUUCUGCGUCCUGCAAGUGGUAAAUUAUUUUCCUUUCCACAGAAAACCCUUUUUUUUGUUAAGUUGUAAUCUCAAGUAUAUAUGUCUGAGAUUCAAGGUUUGUUUCAUUUUGACUUGUAACUUGGAUUUGUCUUAUGAUGAUUACAGUUGUAAGAUGAUAAGUGAAAUUUAUCUACUCAUUUGAAAAUUCGACACC